AUGCUCUGUUUUCGAGCGGUAGUAUUAACCCUGGUGCUCUACAGCGAGCCCACCGCCUUCUCAUUCACUCUUCAGCACAUCGGAAAACAAACUGAGAAUAUUUUCUGCAUAAUAUCCACCAAAGGUAAUCCAAAGCAUGGUUUUUAUUCAUUCUGUGAAGUGUUAGCUAUAAUGCUUGAGCAACUAUUUGCCUCAGUUUGUUUAAUUUAUUGUCUAAUUGCCUUGUCUAAGUGCCUGACGGGGAAACCACCAAGGAAAGGUAAGCGCGUCUACUCAAUAUUGCAAUGUUCAAAGGGCUCAGUUACUGAUCAAGGAAAGAGGCUAUAAAGGUAUGCUUGAAAUAGAUAAGGUUUUUCUGUUGGACAUUUAAGAAAAGCCCACCGAACAUGUUAUGGUGAAAUUCCGACUGCCUUCAAAAGGACUCGGCUAUGUGGCGCGUAAAGUCGCUACCCUAUUUUGCUUAAAAAGCGCUUACGAAAGUCAGUGACAGACGCACUCGCUCAGACGCAAGCGAAAGUGCAGCCGAACCUCAGUCGCCAAGAUGCGAAAUAUUAUGAUUGGUUUAAUGAGAAAUCUACAGUUUACCAGCUCACACAGAAAAACUUAAGCAUUUUCUAUGUCGAUGUCUGACAUGCUCAAAUUACUUUUCAUGCUGGACAAAGUAAAAAAUUACAUUUACGCCAUACAACGGCCAAAUCAACUUGCUAAAAGGGGUAAUCGGUGUCAAGAUACUUAGAGGCGCAGUAAGUUCUGUAUUAUGACUGGUUUUUUAAUAAAUCAUAUAAAAGGCAAAUUGGGGAAUGAGACAAAGCCAAAUAAUCUGUUGCCACCUAGUUCAUUCCAGGAAACGUUUAAGAUACUUUCAUAGUAAGAAAAUUUUCCUUUCUCUUGUGCUUGUAUUAAUCAGUAUUGAAGUGGCUUGGCAGAGUUUGCACUUAAAAGCAAUUAAGUACGCCUGGGGUUAUAUAAUUCGUAAAACGAUCCCAAAGACGAUUUCAUAAGUUACAUUUGGAAAUUAGCAGUGCAUUCUUCUGAUAGCUAAAAUUUAAGAUACAUGCUUAAAUGUUUGUGUUUUAUUCCGAAAAAUGUUAUUUAUUUUAUACUUGCAAUCAUACAUGCAACUACAGGUGUCAGCGAGUUUCUUACAAAUAAACCAUGUAAUAUUGGGCGACAAGAAUAUGCUACUGGUUGCCCAGAUGCAUUCCUAAAUCACAACUACUUUCUUGGAUGGCUACCCGGUCUUCAAACUGGAGGUUUUGUGUGGGUGCCCCUUUGUAAAGAAAGAACUCUAUACUCGGUAAUUCCUGUUACGCUUUUAAUCGGAAGAUAACAGCGGAUAUUUUAUUACCCAAGAACUAAACUUAGAUAUGUUCAUUCUGUCGCACUUUCUUGUAUGAUGUUGCCUCAGAUGACUCAGGAUGUUCUCACUGACUAAUUAGCAUGUCACAUUUUAUAAGCUUUUCCACGCUCAAAUCCAACUAUUGAUAGGUUUUUGGAGAGAACAUUUACUCAUAAGGCUUAUCGAUCAACCAGGAUUUUCAUUUACUAAUCGUUGACUCUGUAAUAUUUUGGCUGAAACCGAGACAUUAAAAAUAGCAAGCAUAAAUUCUGAACCUACCGUGUGGUCAAUGUUAUAGGCCUUUUGUAUGCAAACAGUUAAUUUGAUUUCACUCUUGCUUAGGGAGCACUUUCAGCAGAUCACUUGCGUCGCCCUAAAGGCCGUCUUAAUUCUUUGCAGAAAUAUCCCUGUUGUCAGUCAAAAUCGAUGGUGCGCUCGUUUACCUGGAGCCGGCAUAUUUUUUCGGCCCUCCUGAUCUUAAGUCAGUUAAUUGCUGGUAUUCAUUCCUGCAAAUAUGUCACAUCGAUCACUGUGCAGGAAGCCAACUCUCUGGAGCUGCAACAUUCCAAGCAAUCUGGGUACGCUGCACUCCCGCUUCCCAGUCUUCCGCAAAAAAUUUCACUCAACCUGUCUAAACUCUUCCAGGAGGAGCUUAACAUCGCAGAAUCAGAAAUAUCCUCGACAGCUAUUUAUUUCACCGAUGCCAUAGAGAGCAGACCAUUUGUUAUCAAGUCUGUCAUCAGUGAUGGCAGCAUCUGGUAUCAACUGACAACAGAUCAACCUAUUGACCGAGAAGAGGUCUGCAAUGAACUCAUGUUCCCUCAUCGGGUUGCUAUCGCGCAAAAGUGCUGUCCUUCAGUGGCUGAAAAAGCCGUCUCUCUCACUGGCAGUGGUUUGGAUUAUAGCUGUUGCCUAUUCGUCGACAUCACUGUAGGAACGUACGGCACUUUUGCUAUUCGUGUCCAGCUGAUCGAUGUGAACGACAAUGUGCCCCGCUUCGCUUCACCUACGGACUCCAUAGUCAGCAGACUGAAUAAGGAGAAUCUGGUAGUUUUACAUCUGCCAGAGAAUACACCACAAGGUACAGUGAUCCCACUCCCUCAGGCGACGGACCUGGAUGAAGGCAAGAAUGCGGCGCUGAUUUACCAGAUCGACAAAUUCUCACCUAACGCACUGUGGCAGCAGCACUUUAGGAUGCUCUCUGGGACGGACGGCGGGUGCAUUAGUGCGGACUUCAAUACUGUGCAGCAUGAUGCGCCUAUACCGUCACUGUGCCUACUGAAAUCUAUAGAUAGGGAGGUGGUUUCUGGAUUCCACUUCGAGCUCAUCGCGCGUGAUCAGGGAGUACCCAUCUUCCUGUCCACCACAAUUUCACUGUCUAUCGUUGUAAGUAACGACAUUAUCCGUAAUUAAGACAUUCAAUUAGAUUUUAACUGCCGCCUUUUAAGUGUUGUAGUGUGUUAAAUUUAGAUCGAACAUUUAUACAAUCUAGUGAAUAAUUUUCAACAAGACCAGAGAGCAUUGAGUUUUACCUCUUUAAUUCAUUCGUCCAUAUAUUUAAGACAUUUAUAUAUAGAAAUAAUGCGUUUUAAUUAUCUAAAUAGGUGUGUGGGGCAGUAUAUUCGUACAUUAUAAAUAUACCCGUUUUGACAGUAAAGUUUUGCCUUCCUAAUCACAAACAGCAGACUUUGGCGUAAUUGUCGGACGGUUAUGCCAUUCUUAAGUUACUUUAUCUUAUCAUCAAAAACGUGUUAUUUGUAUUAGGGAAACUUUUGUGGUGAGCCUGCUUCUGCACUGCAACAGCAGUCAAAACUACAUUUAAGUCGUAAUAGAUUACAACUUUCAUGCCGAAUAUUUUUCGAGCAGUUUUGUACAUAACUUAGUCAGUACAGCACCCUGAAGGUUCGUUUAGCUCUUAACGGGAUAACCUUUAUCGCAUUACAUCUUAUAGAUCAGAGGGAGCUGGUUAUCGCAUACGUUUGCAAUGAAAAGUAGGUAUAAAUUUUGCACUUCUUUGUUCAGUGCUACUCUCUAAAUCGCUGUGUUUUCUAUCGGCCACGGACGAUGCUACGAUAGGAAAAUUCUUUAUUUGAAAUGUGCCGCAUCAACGUAAGCCGGUGAUUCUCACUGACUUUAUGUUGAAUGCGAAAAAAUGUCAGCUACAAAGGUAAAUCUGCGUUUCCUGCCGUCCAAGAAGACAAUGCAACUAUUGUGGACUCUUCAAUGCCCGGCUACCUACCGGAAACAUAAGAAUAAUUUGCUGGCCGUCGUCGUAGGUUAGUUAAUCAUCAGGUUCAAAUGCACUGUUCUUCGUCGCGAAGCUCAGUGACGUUCAUAGCGAAACACAGAGUAAGCUUCACAUAUUGUAAUGCACGGCUGGGGAGAUAAACGACGGCUGAGCUUUGUCCAAAUGUUUAGAAUGUGCUGCGUUGGUCGUAUGAGCCUUGCCAUCAUCGCAACAUCCGUACGGGGUCUCACUUCAUGUACUACUAGACUGCCGAAACCUUCUGCAUAUACGUUUUAUGCGUACGCAUGUUAAGUACCAAUGUUCGAAGUACUGUUUUAGUACUACAAGUUGUCUUGCGGAGCAACAAACCUCCGCGCUUGUAAAAAUCACAGAAUGUACUUUUCAAAAUUUAUCUGCAGCGGAGGGGAAAUACUAUUAAUGACAGUUGUGAUGCCCAUAGCACAACUCCCGGCUUUAUAUGCCUGGCAAUAACCACUCCUGUUAUAUUGAAAGAUCAAGGUUAUUGUGUGUCGUUCAGUCGCCCCCUUGUUCCAACACUUAUUAAUUCUGUUCUCUGCCUAUAAGAAAUAAAUACCACGUACCUUAGAUACAGUAUGCGUGGUGCUUCAGAAGACAUGCAACGACAUUUUCCAUUAUACCUUCAAAUGGAAAACACACUAGCUGAGAUUGUAUAAGUCGAAAAUCAAAUUACGUCCGACGCCUUCGUAAGCUUUUGGCCAAGGAACUCCUCAGUCUAACUGACAAAUCCCAAGUGGACAAGAAGGUUAAUUAAACAUCAUCAUUUUUGUAUGUUUUUCAGUAAUGUCAUCGUAUCUUCUUCGGGAGAAUCACAGUAUUCCGGUACUUGUACUUAGCUGUUGCCAUUAUUUUUUACCUGAAAUAGAGCUCUGUUUGGUCUUCAAACAGGUGUGCCUGUAACUUUUGUUAGUCGACCUGCUUAAUUAUUCAUGUAGUCUGUUAUAAGUGGGUUAAUUAAAAUAGUCUGCUAGGCCUCACAGAAAGGAUCCUUAUCUACUGCAAAAUUUGAUGAAUACCAGAAGAUGCCUUCAGAAACCAGAGCGGUUAACUUUAGUCUGGACCGCUCUGUGAGCGACGAAGUAUCUAUGGGCUCCUGUCUUUCUCUCAUGUGCCUGCCGCCGUAAAAUCCACUUCCAAAUGAAUAGCCCGUGUCCUAGUAGGAAAUGCAGCACCACAUAUAUCGACAUCUGGUCGUUAUACCAUCCCAGCUCAUACGCUACGGCGCUGAUUGAUGGCUGUGAAGAACACUUAAUUGAGCUCCUGCGCAAACCGAUACGCCUCAUUUUUGACUUAGGACAAUUGUCCGACCACGUAAGUAGAGUGGUAAGUUAAAUAAGCAGAGUCAAUUCGAUGAAAGAUAUAGGUUCUUCCGUUUUUCAACUAUUGAAGCAAAAAAGCGCCGACUUAGGAAGCCAGUGAACGUAAUCGCAAUCCACAACAGUAAUGAAAUGCUAGUUGUUUUUUGAAUGUCGACGUAUACUGUUUCUGAACUUCGACCAGAAUCCAUGUUUCACUACCUGAUGAUUAUUAUUGUCGAUUGACCGAUUCGGCGCAAAUAAGCACCUAAGCGCAAGAGCAGGUUACCUAGCCUAAGUCGCCUAUAUUGACUCCUGUCAUCAACCAUUCGGAGGUAUUAUUUUGUUUAAACGCCCUAGGUGCUUUCGCGCCUUGGGAGAUACCGUUCGUUUUCUUGCUUUUAGCUUUGCCUAUUCGCAGAAAAGUUCGUGCGCAGCGCCUUCUGUUAUAGGUCAUUUUGCCCUUUACCAUUCUGCAGGAUAUGAUAGUUGAACUUUAGCAGUCUGAAUUGAACAGUUUUCCGUACGUGUAUGCGACCAUAACUUUUCCUUGAAGUUUGACUCUGCUUGUUUGUGAAGUAGUCCGGCCCGGAUACUCUGCAAAGUGUCUCAUUAUGUGUAUUGCAAGUUUUCGGAGAUGCAAUUCCUACCGCUACAAUGAGUGCAAAGUUUUUGGAAAUUACUGGUCAGUGCCAGGAACUUUGAAAGACAAAGGGGCCAAGUUGGGUUAUUUUUCGCACAAGUCACCCUUCGGACAAUAAUACUGUACUCGCAAGAAAAAUAGCCAAAUUCGUUUUGAGCUUACUAACUUAAACUGAGAUUCUCUCCGGCGAAUUCCUGUAAUCCAGUCAAAAUGACUGACAGGCAGAAGUUUGAUGAGGAGCACUCGAAUUCAGCCUGAAAAGAACUUCUGCCAAGGCGCCAGGCACAGGAAACUUCAUUGUAGUAAAAUUCCUUUGAAUUGGCCAUUUACGUUAACGCUUUUUACCAGCUUAUUUCCCCUCGACUUGACUUUUUUUACUUUGCAAUUCAUUCGGGCCUGCGUACGGCCAUUUGAUGGUAGCUUUUUUCGUCUUCCAAAAUCGUUUUUGGAUUAUCAGCCGAUCUCUCUACCUAUGAAAAAAGACCUAUGAUUUAAAAUGAACACAGGUUUCCUGAUACUGCCUCGAAUGAUUUGCAAGCACGAGACUUCCGUUUAGAUUGAUCUUUUUUGAGACUAAAUAAAUAUUUAUUUGAAAAAAAGCAUUAUUUGCUGCAGGUUUUGCUGGUUUACAACAAAAGACAGGAAAUGUUUCCACAUUCAGAAAAGAGUUAUUAAGACAAUAAUCACGUUAUGUGGCCCUUGCCUUCAUGGCUCCAAACCAACGAGUGACGUCCUAGGAGCGUUCAAACUAAGUACGCAUAAUCCUUGAAAAAUUUGCCUACAGUUUUAUAGUGAAGCCGCUUAUCUUGCUCAAGAGAUAUCGCGUUAUUUACGCUUACUCAUAAGAUUUGUUAUAGACUGCAUGAAACCUCGCAUCUCAGGUGACAUUAAUAUCAAAAUAAAGAUCUUAAAUGAAAAUGAAAAGGUACAAGUUGCUAUUGCAUAUAUUUUAUGUAUUCUCUUCACACUUAGGGCCUCCUCGUAUUGGAACACUUUUCUAGCUGAUAUUUUAAGGCGUAGGCAAUAUCUCUUGUCUGGAAAAUGCCCACACAUCUAUACUGCUUGCCAAGCAGCAGUAGCCAGGGGACCAAAGUCCUUUUUCCGCCAAUAAAAGGAAAAGGGUCUAAUUCGGAUUGCCUCCCUUCUCUUACAUAACCUUCAUCCUGGAAAAAUACACAGAAUUAUGGAUUAGAGUUGCGACUGUGCAAUACAGAGGGCACUAGGACAACCGUUUUAGACUAAUUGUUCUCGUAAAUAAAAAGUAAUACAGGACAAACACGUAUGAUUUGUCACUAAACCAGUAUGCUUAAUCCUGCACAGGGUACAAGGGCAGCAGAGCAGGUACGUACGAAUGUCUCCGGGAGUCGUAAAAUUGCCCACCAAACAGUAGCCUGCAUUGAAGUCUUGCAGCAUAAAAUAUAUGCGUUUCUAUGUAGACGGCAACGUCAACUUGAAGUGCAUAAAUAAAGGAAGGACAUCAAGCUCAUGGGAGAUUUAUGCAUUAAACUGAUAUUAAUUCUAUCAAUAGCAUCAUUCGGUAGUAUAGACAGGCAAGUUGUACGACUAUUUUGAGGACAUACGCCUAAAGUUGAAGACAUGCACAUCGAACAGUUAAAACAAAGCAAAAUCAUACACGAUAAGGCCUUCGCCGGCAAACCCAACGAAGGCUCGUUUAUGUUUCUUAGACGGAUCAUAAAUAAGAGGAUGUUAAACGUUUAGCGAAGAAUUCCUAAAAGCCACUGUAUAAACGGUAUUGUCAUGGUUGGCCGUGAGGCAUCAAAAAUCUAUGAAAAACAUCUGGCUUGUUAGUUUCUAACCGACUUAUGGUUGGCCGAAUCUGAUAGAAAACGGUUGAAAUAUGCUUAUAACUUUUUCGUGUAACUUGCAAUGACGCCAAGAAAUGUUCACGCAUUUCCUUCAGAUGGAGACAAAUGUAUUGCCCUGCACAUGUAUGUGUGUGGGACUCACAGUUAUGCGAAAUCCUAGCCGCCAUUAUUGCAGUCCGGCACAUCUUGGGUAUGAAGCACGCGUAGACUGAUUGUUUAACUUUAUUACAUUGCCGACAGUAUUGACUUUGUCUUGCCUUCGCUGUAAGGUGUUAGGAGAGUGUAUGGUAGAGGCAGUGCAACUCACUACUGCGUCUACUCUAUGGGGUACGCGGUGGAUGUCGUUGCUUGCAACGGUCAAACUAUGUGUGGGCGUGUGAGCGGAAAGCGCGAACUCAGGGAUUGUAUUUAUAUUGUUCUGAUGUUUCAGAAGUAGACCAGUUUUCGUAAUCCAGAUGCGUGUUUUCUCGAACCUCUCAGUAUUCUUAUGUUCAGUCGAUACUCUAACGUGACGGUAGCAGCUGAAGAUAGUCUGUGAUCGCAGUUAAUUGGAAAGGGUGCAGGAGGGUUAUGAAUGCUCAAAUGUCAUGUUGAGAUUCAUCGUCUUUGUCCACAAUGGUCCUAGAUGUUGCUUCCUUGUCACUAAUCUCGUCUUAAAAACUUGAAUGCCCUUACCCUUGUCGCCUGGGUGAUAUUUCCUUCAGCAUUGCCAACAAUUGCGCCUUCGUCCGAUCCGGGUGGCUCUGCGUACACGUGUAUGUCCAGUUUGGGUUUCCCACGAUCGCUUCAAGGGCCAAGAGGGUUGUUUCAGCUUUUUCGCUAAUUUAUCUGCGUCUGAUUAACUUCGUUUUACGCAAGGGGGGUUGUAGAAUUAUUAGUGAAUGCUGUUCCCGUAUGUUACGCCUCAAAAUUUCUCUAGCUAUGUAAGCGUUUGGGAAAGCGAAGAUUGCAUAGUCUGCAUAUCUCCUCAACACCGGAGACAGGAGGUUCAUUUCCCUCCUGGCUCCCAUGUGUUCUCUCACGGCGGUCUGCAGAUCUCUUCAAUCUUUAAUUUCGCAGAGCUUACAACGAGCGCGGUAGGUUAGUGUUGCCAUUUCCUCUCGUGGCGGGGGACCUCAGGUCUCCUGAUUGGAAGUCGGAUGCGUGUCCGCAGGCAGUUAGGGAUACCAAUACCCGGCUGCCUGGGUAAACGAGGCAUCAUAAAAACCUUAGACUAUCUUAGAUGUCCCAUGCGAAGACAAACUGGCAGAACAUUACAAAAUAUAGUACAACUUAAAAAACCUGUGCGGAAGUCGUUCUGAGUUAUAGCGACAACCUAUAUUUCAAAAAUGUGCUGCCAACGGCUUACUUAACCAGAUAAAAACGCACUGUUCUGACAAUAAAUGCUUUCAAAUCAAACUUGAACAACUUUUCAAAUUAUAAUCUCAAGAUGAGUGUUUUAAAUAAUUUUUACGUCGAUGUGCGAGAAAUCAGGAGACAAAAAACAGAAACCACGUAGUUCCGACCAGACACGAAGGUCAAGUGCCUUGCGAAUUCCUUCUUAUGUAUGCUUUUGUCUUAACUCGCUAAAAAGCACCUUAAAAAGAGUUAGCAUCAGAUGUUUCAAAGAUAAGGGAAUAGGUCAUACUCGCCGCCCUGAUCACAGCGUCAACCAUAUGAAUAACCAAAGGUCCGACAAAAUUGUGCUUGUUAAUAGCAGAGUUGUCUACUGUGGUCAGACAGGUAAGGUUGCCUUUACAUUUAUUCUUAAACACCAGUUAUCAAUGAAGGGGGGACUCACCUAUCUCAUGUGGACAGACAUAGUCCGGAUACCGGGUAAAGUUUAGCUUGAAACAACACAUUUACUCUUUUCAACUGUUGCUUAAUGAAAAACCGAGUUCCCCAAACCCGUAGAGUCUGGUAGGUCAUAUACUACUCAAUAGUUCGAUUUAGAGCCCACACUCAGAAAAACCUAUGAAAAUUCGAGAGAUUGACAGCACAUUGCGAAAGUUUUUUUGGAGCAGACGUUGAAAAGGCAUGAUAACAAGUUACACCUAGACAGUUAGCCACUUGCGCAUAUACGGUAGGGAGUCAGCAUUAUCAGGAAAUUUUAAUUAGUAUGCCCUGGUCACUCAAUGGCGUACAAAUUGCGAAUCGGCUUGACCUACAGAGUGACCGAUUUCAUGAAAUGUCGGCCGGAAUUUCUAAAUGUGUUUUCGAUUAGGGAGGAUUACUUAGGCGCGGUUGCAACACAAAAUAUCUUGUGGCAUAAUUUGAUAAUAUUGCGGCCUCGGGAGGAUGUUAACUUUUGAAUACGUUGGGUUUCAAAUUCCUGUAGAAACAGCACUCGGUAACGGAUGACUACUUGAGCAGCAUGCAUUUUCCAACUGAUUUUCGAUGGACUUGCAAGUUCAAAUAUAUUUUUUAGAAACCCCAAACAAAUAUAUGUUUUCCGCGACCGGCUAAUGAAGAAUCACGUCAUAUUUCUAUUUUACACUCGAAGAAGGAGCAUAAUUAAGUUCUGAAAAGGCUUCUGCUUACGAGAUUUUUAAGACCGCGCAAUGUCCAUUCGUAUAGCAUCGUACCUGUCCAUUUACUACUGCUCUGAAUGAACUGUGCAACAUACCCGGCAUCCAUUGCAAAUUUUUGUGGACUCUAUAUGAUAUCUUCUUAAAGGCAUAGAAGAAUAUGCGAUUUCCUUUAGGCAGAGCAUUUGCGCCUUGUAGACUGAAAUCACUAAGCGCUAAUACAACGACUGAUCAGGCUCAAAAUUACUCGGCAAUUAGAAGACUUCUUCCAAACCUAAUUAUAUAUCUUCUUCAAGCAUGAAUAGAAAGACGACGUGAUUCUCCAUCAAAUGAUUGAGAGAAAGCAUAUAUUUGUGUGGGAUUUCUAUAAAAUAUAUUUGAACUUGCAAGUCCAUCGAAAAUCAAUGGGAAAAUGCAUGCUGCUCAAGUAGUCAUCCGUUACCGAGUGCUAUUUCUACAGGAAUUUGAAAAGCAGUUUAUUCAAAAGUUAACAUCCUGCCGAGGCCGAGAUAUUAUUGGACUGUGCCACCAGAUAAUCAGUAUUGCAACCGCGCUUAAGUAAUCCUCCCUAAUCGAAAAACGCAUUUCACAAUUUCAGCCAACAAUUCAGGGGAUCGGUCACUUAUUGUGUAUUUUCUUUUCGACCUUUAAAGGUACGUAAAGAUUACAGUAUCUGCUGCUGUAUCCCCCCGUUAUCGAACUAACCGAUGGACUAUAUCUGCUAGUGGACUUGGGUUCAAUUUUUCGGGUAUUUUGUCUGCAGGCAUUCGUUAGUGGCCACUUGACCUUUGUUUCCCCCUUCUUCUCUUUUGCGGGAUUCAGCUGCUUGGCAUAGGUCAGUCUGCUGGUUUAUGUUGUUGGUAUUGUUCGGAGUGGCUGCAACCGGUGAUAUCGCUUACAGUAUCUGAGGGUCGUGUACUUCAAAUAUUGGCUAAUAUACGGCCAAUUGCAAAAUUUCCAUUGCGGUAUUCGUGUAUGGGAAUGUGGCAGCCUUGAAUCCGUCUUGCUAUCUUAUCAUCGUAAGUUGAGCGAUAACGUUAUGCUUGGGAGCACUUUUGUAAGUCAAGUGCGUCUCAAGGACCGUCAACUGUCCUCUCUCCCCAACUGAAGUUGGGAUUGCGCACAAACUGGAGACAACUAUAAGGCGCCAGGUAAUGAGAUCGAAAAACCGCUGUCCUGGCAGCAAUGCCUGGAGUCAUCUAUCGGACCUGCUGCAUCGGUGUGCAAAGUAACUGCACUGGAGGAGCUAUCGAACCGUCCCAGACUCGAAUGGCCGAAUCAGCGGCAGCAAUGUAAAUAAACCACGGCAGUUCCCAGGUCACAGUUCAUUCGAUGGGACCCGGGCACACAUUCAGGUCCGACGAGGUCGAACUUCUCGCGAGAGAUGACAAUUUCGUGAAACCUGAGCUGCUUGAGUCACGGUCCACCGAUACCCAACCCAUUAAUAAGUCAAAAUAGUAAGAGGAAUUCGCCGGGAGAGUUGUAUUGGAGGUCUGACGUUCCACAUAAUGAUUUGCAUGCUCAUCUUCAGAGACUCGAAUGUCAUGCGCACAGCUCAUUGUAUGGCGUACUUUGCUGGAUGAGCUUUAUGUGGCUUCAUCUGACCUGCGUUUAACUGCGAUCUGCGUUGCUUCCCGCCUUCGAUGACCGGAGGGCUAAUGGGACACCCCGUUACUACGCGCCGUGACAUUCCGGUCAUGAAGAUUCGUAUAAUCAGACAGGCGGACGCAAAUUAAUGUAGGAAGCAAUCGGUGGAUAUUCCGGCUUCUUGAACCUACCCUGUUGUGUGAUCGUCACUUCGGCCUACGAUCGCAAGGUCAUCAGCGUUAGAGAUGCAUCCCAUCGACGUCGUAUAGGUUGCUACUUCCGCUUUGGAUCCAACCUUCGCAUUGCCAACUUACGUUCAUGCAAUCAUGUUCGCAGAUGUCGACCGGGUUCCGCAACGUAGUUGUAUAUCCCGCAGCUGCACUAAAGCCGGUAGACAAUGGCCAGCCUCACCAGGUCAGAAAUAGGGUCUUCCGGUCUCGUCACUUGCUGGAGGAUUGUUCAACCAGGCCUCUGAGCAAGUCCCAAUCCUAGGAGCACGAGGGUCCAGUCUCGGUUCCUUAGACCCCCUUAAUGCACGGAAUGAUCCACCAUGAUUUCAGCUGAUUGCAUUGCCUAUUCCACUUCCCUUGGUGAAUUCGGCUCCGUUCAAUGAAUGCUCGCUGCUAUCUGUCGGCUUUGAAGGGUUCUUCGAGGUGCUUCAACUCUUCCGUUUCGGAAGCUAGCGUGCUGCAGUGAUUACUCAUCCGUCAGUACAGCGUGAGUGGGCAGUUUCAUUUGCAGGCAGAAUGAUAUUACCGACAAUGACUAUGGAGACCUUGCCGGUGAUACCAUUCCGCCCAUGUCGUGCGCCGCUGUGCGACUGGUGUUUUGGCUCGAGAGAGCGCCCGUAAUACAUAGCGGGAAGAGUGAGCUCGUAAAAACGAUUGGUGAGCGCCCCUUUACCAAGUUUCAUUUGUGUUCCAGUUGGUGGCUGCUGUUGUAACUGAGCAUAAGCAGCUUGUGUGUCUUGUUACGACGUAAAUUGCUGACCGGAAUGAUCGUGUUCGUUUUUUCCUUGUACUAGCUAAUUUUAUCCAGUCGUUGAUGGCGGUGUCCUAAAAAUGAGUUUGUAUCGUCUGAACAGUUGCCUCUCGAGUCUAUACAAAACCGCAUCAGCAAUGAUCUCAUAUAUUAGCGAACUAAUAGGAGAGCCCUUAAUUUGUUCAAAUUUGAUCCCUUAAAUGUUAGGAACUUCCUGAGUUCUAUGAGAUCCGAUCUAUGGGCCGAGCAUCGUCCUCAUCAUUAUUUUGACGGAGCGGGUCACUGAGUACUUCGACCGUAAGGGUAUGUUGCAUGGACAGGAAGAAUGAGAUGGCAUAAAAAGACUCCAUCCUCUUAUUCCGUUCGAUUUUGACCACCCUUAUUUUGCCAGAAACUUUUCUGUUGAGAUCACUGUCGCUUGCGAGUCUACGCUUUCAAAUCUCAGAUGUUGCAAUAGCCAGUUUACAGGCCCCUAUAUGGGUGCGCCUCUGAGUGAGACUUGUUCGCAGGGGGACAUCUGGCUUGUGUACUCUUGUGAGAUCGUAGAAUCGCGCUCUGUCUGCUUCUGGAGACUCUGCUGUACGCCAGUAUUUGAUAACGGUGACCUUAUUCUUCCUUAGUCGAGCCCGAGUUCCGUUCACAAUCGCCCGUAGUGACUCGCUGACAAUAUAUACCACCAGACCGUUGACGAGGAUGAGGGUUUUCUUUCGGAAGUCUACUAUAUCGAGAGCAACGGUUGGCCGGCCCUUGUCAGCAGGCGGAGUAACUUUUUCGAUGUCGGUCUUUAAAUACCUUAAAGUCAUUUUCCCCCUCCUAACAGCGAGUGGUUUCUUCGGUACGACGUGACCAGGUGGGAGACCUGGUUCGAAGGAGGUCCUUUGUAUAGUCUGAGAAGCCGGUUUACCGUAACACCGAUUUGAAAGAGGAAAUAAAGUUAACCGGAUCAGCGCCAAUUGUACCAAAACCGUAUCCGCUUUAGAGAACAUUAUUUGGGGUUCUGUAUGAAGUCCUAACGAGAACGCGGACGAACACUUAGCCCAAGCCGGUGCGGUUAACAAGAGGAUCAAGUAGUAAUCACGCCACCUCUCAAAAGGCGUGAUGAGAAUUCCAGCCGAUAAUGACUCAAACGCCGGGCAGCAGGCCACUAUCGCAUCGAGGACAAUCAUCUUUGUUUCUUUCGGUAGGUUUGUGGUAGCAUAGCGACAACGUCUUAUAAACACUGCAGCACUAAAGUAACCUAUUUGAUGCUGUCUCUGAUGAUCGGUUCGGCAUGAAUCUGAAACAUCAAACGAAUAGACCUCUUUUUCAAACUAUAGUCUCUGCAACUUUUUCCAGGUUUUUUAUUUUAAAUUUAGGUUUCAAAUCCACUCAUAAUGUUGACAGCCUUUAAAGAAUUCUAAAUUGAAUUCAAUCAUACUGGAGGCCAUAGAAUGCAUAUAGUCUUCUAUUUAAUUAUCGACACACGAAACCAAUUGCGAACGUUUGCUUAGAUUUCUACAAUAGGAUCAUAUAUCAUCGGUACUGCACGAUACACACUGAUCUACAAUUUUAGCUGUACACUCAGUUUAAAGUGUCAAAAUACCUGGGCAAACGUAACUUCAUUCGGUGAGUGCACAUAGCAGCUCGCUUUCCAAAACGGUCAAGGGCCAUUUGUCAUAUGUGCUCAUUGAAAGGAACUAGGAUUUUCAUGCGGUAUUAGCAUGCCGCACUAAUUCAAUUCAGAGCAAAUGUUCCGGGAGCUGCCGAAGAUUAACUAAAACUUUCAGGCAUAGCGUAGUUUGCCAUCGCAUCAUGUCAGCAUAGUUUAAAAAAUCUUCACCGGAGUGGAGUUGCGUUUCAAAUGUUCACUCUAAACGACUACCUGAAAAUCACUUCAUCUUCCUAAAUGAAAAGUCGACUUUUAACGUCGUGAAGUGCGGCCUAUCUUAAAUAAACUGCUUGGUACGGCAGUUUUCUCCAAAACACGAAAACUAAGAAGCCUCUGAAUGUCUGCUUAUGAACUAUCGGGUACUAUUUGCGUACAGGCUCAUGAAGACAUAAUUUUCCCUGCGCUUCGAGACGAAAAGCAGGAUAAAACUACCUCAAAAUAUUAAAGGACGAGCGUAAAUUUAUAUAUCAUGCUAUAGGACGCCUUCGAGCUUAUAACGCAAUGAUAUAGGUUGUAAAAUAUAUCAAAUUGUCUUCCAAGGCACUAUGUUGUGCUACAAAGAAGAUUCGGCUACUUCAUUACACAAUUUGCAGUCCAAUUUUCCGACUUGUAAUUGAUUGACCUGAAAUAUUUUCGAAAUUAUUGCAAAAUUAAGUUAGGUCCGAUUUGCGAAUCAGUUUUUGUAAAUGCGCAACCAUAUAUUUCAACCGUUUAUGCUCCGGCUGGUUGAUUAUGCACAGAAAGAUAGCCGUUUAUGUAAUGUGUGUUCGUAAUCACUUUACAAAGGAUUUACAAUUCCACAAACGUGCAGUAGGCAAAUUCACUUGAAUGGCACCCGUAGUGGCAGACAGUAGAAGACAAAACGCUUUGGAACAGACAAUCCCCUUCAAUAAAACACUGUUACUCAUGGAAAGUUUAUUGGAGAACGCGUAUAUUCUAAUACUUACCGCCAAUAAGUUAUGAAUUCCUGUUUCGGCCCAACAUACCUACAAUGGCUUUUAAAUUAAAGAAGGAAACGAUAUUUAACAUUGUAAAAGACUACGGACGUUUUCGCUUUUUAAUAUAAACAUUGCUAGAGCUGUUCCUUGUAAAAUUUCAAUAACACUACUAAUUACUCCGGGUCUUUUACCUGUUGACAAGUUCUUAAUGGGAUAAUUAAUCUCUUGCAAACCGAUUAAAUGAGGUAUUGUUUGAAACCAGUUCAGUCAAGCAUUUACCUUGAUUUUCCCAAAAGAACAACUAAUAGAUCGAUUUACCGAAUUCGCAUGCCUCUCAGUUGCCUAAGAAAGCUGUGAUUGAUCAUAGACUUUUGGAAUAUGCCCAUAUCUGAAAUAUGUCAAAUUUGAAUAUCUGUUCUCCAUAGACUUUCGACAAUAACUUCGUUUUAGUUCUUUCUGGACGUGCAAAACGAUUUACACCAUAAUAACAAAUAUCUACUCAGAUAUUUGGUCAUAUGCGAUCAAGCAGCAUUAAUAUCCGGACAUGUUUCAAAAUUAAAUUCUUGUUCCCAGAGCGUUAAAGAGAAUUUCCCAAUUUUUUUACAAUAAUUGCGGUGAUCGGAAAGCAGUGACUUUCAAAUGUCCAGCGGGAAAAAUCAGCCGUGAGCACUUGCUUGUUAUCUUUUUUAGGUCCAGGAUGAAAACGACAAUGCGCCCACUUUCAACACAGAAACAAUACACGUUCUGAUAAAGGAAAAUCAGAUCGGAAAGAGUUUUGCCAGGCUUCGGGUCAAUGACACCGACGCGGGAGAAAACGCGCGCAUAACUUACUACCUCAGACCCAGUAACAACUUAAAGACCAAUCAGCUGCUUGGUUCAGAUUUUUUACGAAUUCAUAUACUCGCAUCUCCAGUUCCUGAUGGGGUCGUUCUUCGGUUGAUACAACCCUUAGACUAUGAACAGAUUGACGCCUUUGAUUUCCUCGUAGUUGCACAAGACCAUGGCACCCCCCGCUUAGCGUCAACGGCGACCGUCUCUGUAGAAAUCGAAAACGUUAAUGAUCAACCACCAGUUAUACGUUUUUUCGACAGAGGAAACAUGUUGAAUUCUGAAUACGCCAGUCUCGAGCGCAAUGAAGACGUUGCUGACCAUGCCCCGAAUGUCAUCUGCCACGUCCACGUCUAUGACAUGGAUUCUAGUCUUGACGAGGUCUUCUGUGACAUCGAUUCUCCCCAGCGUCACUUCGACCUACGCGAAGUCAGCACUGAGAACACCGCCCAACGCAGAAAGAUAUUUGAACUCCUGAGCACAGUUUCGCUCGACAGAGAGGAAUCGCCCAGUUAUCUUGUUCGGGUCCGUUGCGCCGAUGGCCGUACCUCAGAUCGCCUAAUUGGUCAAAGUCAAAUUCGGAUAAUUCUGAGAGACGUCAAUGACAAUGGGCCCGUCUUCCAAAGAAAUCAGUACUUCGGAAGUGUGCCCGAGAAUGAAGUGAACACCAUAGUUGACUUCCGCGAAUCCUUUUCGAAGUUCGGCGCUGACACCAAAUCCAUCCGACCUGGUGCUCCGCUUCAUAUUCAUGCAACGGAUUCAGAUGCCGGUCAGAAUGCGAUGAUAAUUUACUCACUUGCUAACACGCUUGAAAACGACAGCAAUAAAGAUUCAAGCUCUGAGCUAUCUGAGAAACCUACGAGGGAUGCUGAUUUCUUUUACAUUGAUCGUCUAACCGGACAACUAAAAACACGUGUCGCUUUGGACUAUGAAAAGAGGUCUGUUUACUCUUUCCUUGUCAUCGCUACUGACCAACCCUUGGAUCCGACACAAGCACUGUCCUCCACGGCAAAGGUUACGGUUUGUGUAAGUUUAUAAAAACUUAGCUGUUAUAACCCAUUUGACAAAAUAUAUAUAUUUCAAACUGCAAGCAAUUAAAGCGGUUUUUCUGUCACCAAUGUCUAAACGUAACUUGCGCCCAACACAAUGCCUCAUGGAAAGUCUAUUUGAAGUGGAAGGCUAUUUUUGCAGGUUUCGGAUUGUCAUUAUUAAAACAACAUCGCCAUAUUCCAAAAAAUGCAGCAGGGCACGAGAAAACGGACCCCAUAUUACAAGUGGCUUUGCAUUGGCUUCGAGAGAGCCCGGGGUUAACGGAAAAUGAGUAUACGAAUUAGCGACAAGGCCUGGAUUAUAAUUAGGAGGUUAUGAGGGCUUUUGAGUUAAAUAAGGUCACUAAAAUCAAGACCUAGAAGUAAGCCCAAGGUCACCAAUAGCACUUGCGUGGUCCUUAUAAUGUGCCUACCCAAAAAUUCGCCCAAAAUAACUGCUUGCGCAUAGGCAUCACCAGUUCAUUUUAUUUCUAAUGGUGCUUGUAGGUCAGUUAAUUCGUUGGGGAAAUCCAAUAAAUAGAAGUAAGCCACUUACAAAUUCUUUAUAUAACUUCUACUUAUACCGUGGCCGGAUGCAAAUAUUAGGUAAUGGACAGCCCAGGAAGGUGUGAUUGAAGUUUGCCCAAAGUAAUUAUGCCUGAUGUGAGUUCUAGUGUUUGAGAAAUUUCAGUGCGUAGUUGAAAAAUAUUGACCGAAAGAGUCAUUUAGAAACAAAAGCAGGUUGAUUUUUCUUCUGCGACAUUCGAUAAUACAGUGAAUACGGAAACCUGGAUUGUUUUACUAAAAGUCCCAUUUAAUGUGUUCUUGUCGUUGGUUCUUCCGCUCAGGUGCAUUCAUUUGUCUUCUACUUCUGCUAGGCGAGCCUUUUCAUCUUUAUUCCCGUGGUUCCUUCCGCGUGUGCUGAAAUGGUUCUUUUGACGAAAACAGGCACGAUUGCAUUGCUGUUUUUUCCAUUUUAGAGCCGUAUGGCUCAGAAAAACGCCCAAAGUAACGAAUUUAAUGAAUAGCUUUCUAGCUGAAUUUUUCACUGUUUUUCCCCAUAGAAAUGUCAUCGGCAACUACGUUUUCAAACCUUGCUAACGCUGACGAGAUAACGUGACGAUGUCUUAAAGCAUCACGACAGUCUUCAAAUCAGUUAGAAAUGGAAUUAUUAAUGCACUUCUCUGAUGUUAGAUGAGCAAAGUAUAUCACCUCAUAGGACAAAUAUAAACUUCUAAGGCAAGUGCAGCGAUGGUGGGUCCCCAAAUUAUUUAAUGUGAACCAGUCACUGAGGCACAACUAAAUAAUAUGCUAUUGAUAGUUGCGCAAAAAAGGACUUAUUAAUCCCAUGCUGGAAUUUCAGUACAACAGCAAUGAUGACAAAUGCCUCUAUAGUAUGUUUAUUUAUUUUUUUAAGAAUGUAGGCAUAUGAAUCGUUCAAAUGAAGCGAGAAAAUUAAAUGAAAACGGGCAAACGCUGAAUGUUAUUCGAUACAAUCUGGAACGUGCUGCAUUUUGAUUUAAUUUUCUUUGGUUAGCAUUUUCUGCAGUUUAAAUGGUCUAUGGCUGGCUAUCGACGAUCAAAAAUAUAGCGUUCACGGUUUCGAUCCUGGAAAUGCAGUAUGUCACUGAAUGUACGUGCGUUUUGUGCUUCCGUGCCCAUGUCUUCUCAUCAUUCCACACCUUUGUUAAAAUCGCAGUAUCCCUGAGUAACUUUUCUUAAGUCUCAUCACUCCAGACUAGUAGUGUAGCUCAUAGUCGCUGGCUCCCUUAUAUAUUCCUGAUGAGUUCUGAUAUUUGGAGGAGGUGAUCGUUCAUUUGGCGGACAUUUGGUUCCUCAGUAAUAAAAGGACCGCACUUAUCAAUUUGCAAAACAGACAUACAUGCGUGUCAAGAUUCGAACAAGUCCACCUGUCGCCUAAGACUCAAGUAAGUGGAUUUGGCAAGAUAUUUUUAAAGUUCGUCGACUUAGACGGCUAAGUAUAAUUCUAGUUAAUCAAAUUUGACAUCUGACUCUGAUUGCCCUUUGGAAAGCAAUUGAGUGCUUGUAUUGUAUGAAAUAGCAUUAUUGUAAGGAGAAUCAUACUAGAAUAUCAUAGAGACUGGAACUUGUCAAAUCAGGAAGAGACGUUCAUAAGAAAAGGGCUACAUUAUGUCUGACACUUUGGGUAGACGUUCCUGAUACCUACGUUAAUAGGUGUGAGAUCCAUGUCCACUAGUCUUAUGUGGCGCAGUUUCCCUAUCUGGUUAUUCGAAACUCCAACACAAGGGACAGGAAAGACGGGAACCAAUCAGGGUCACCAAGUAUCGUCGCGGUCAACGAGGGUGGGGAACGACAGGGGUGUCGGUGACACGGGGGUCCGAUUUACUUUACAGCCGGCAUUGAUGUCCUAUGCACCAGGCAAAGUGCUUCAUCUAAUGAUGAGUAUGCACAGGGAUUUCAAGUCUCUGAACACGGAUAAAGCCAAAAAUUAAUCGUUCCUGCUGAAUGCCUCAUUCGUUUAUGGCAUGCUGUCUGAGAGUCGCAUUUUGCCCUGAUCAUGGGCUGAAAUGAUGUAGGCCUCAGCUCGUAGGCUAAGAAUCCCAGUAGUGCAUAAAUAUGUUUGGUCAACUCUUAGUGAAAACAAACUGAAAACAAAACCACUGUGACACUCGCCUCAGCCAUUAUAACUGUCUCCUUUCAAAUGUCACUUAUUUCUCUCGUCAGAUCUGAUUGUUCUUGUGGCUUUUCCUGCCUUCAUGGCUUACAUUAUUUUACUCAAAGUGACAAAUGCCUGAAAAUCAAUCUACAAAUACGUGAUCCAGACAACAUGUAUUUAUUGGAAGAGGGUGAUUGUAUAUUUCUGUGUGAAUUUCCUAGGUUCGCGAUCUGGACGACAAUGCGCCAGUAAUGGUUAAGACUGAAUACAAAUUUGAAGUAAUGGAAGGUAUGCCAAGUCAGACGGUAAUUGGUCGGGUAGAGGCAACAGACGCUGACAACUUGCCGGAGAACCGCGUGAUAUUCUAUGACAUUCAUCCUUCGUCUGCGGAUAACGCUGCCCGGUUCUUCACUGUGGACAGGUAAGUAGUGCGUCUGCUCUAGGAGCACGGCCCAUGACAGAUGUUUGUUUAUUGCCAAGCAUUUUUACCAUUUGGAGCCUAAAAACCAAACUAGGCGGGUUACAGUCCAUCUACUUCGGAAUGUCUCGAUUCGGUUUUACUUAUGCGCUAAAAGCCGCAGCCCGAGAGGCUACAGUGUGUGUCUGUAUUUAGUGGCCGACUGGUGGUCCGAGAGUCAAGCUGCAAUGCCUCCUUCUCAAUAUAGCCUUUAUGACACUCCCAAUCCGCGGCAUGCGAGCCUGACUUGAUGGCACACGCUUAGGGUUAGCUCCAACCGCACCAUCUACCAACGCACUCUCCCACCUCUGGUCUUCUUGACUCUGUCUUGACACCGAGCUCAGGUGGAGAAGGGAGUGAAGUAGAUGCGUCGCAAGUCUAUAUUCACUAUAAAAUAAAUCAUGCGCAAGUCACCGUUUCUGCUUGAUUUCCCUGUGAAACACGCAACGACGGUCGAACUGUCAUAUAUUAAUGGGAAUUUUUUGACUGAGUCCGAGAAUACUUCUGUCCCACAAUCUACUCCAAGUUAAUACACUAAUUUCCAAGGAGAUCGGAAAUCACCACAGUGAAGAAAGGUACAGCAGAAAGCAAAUGGAAGAAGCUGAAUGACCUACUUGUGAGGCGAAGGCCUCAUAAACGUGUCGCAUUAUCGGCAAGAACGUGUAUGGACUUUUAGCCAACCGAGUUAGGAGUGCGGUAAAUCAGUCGCUGUUUGGAUGGUCCUUCAUCCAUAACCACGAUUCAUCUGGUUGCAAGGAGAUUUGUGGGUCCCUUAAAUAGUGCGGAGGUCCAUGUUUUAUGUUUUUGGGGGUUCGAUUCUGCUGAUAACAUAACGAUUGCUAAAGGAUUGAAAAUAAGGAGUAUACUUAUGCCUCAAUUUACAUUUAUCUUAAAGUCGCGAGUCGUAUAAUGACUGACGCAGAUACCAAUAGGAGCUACCAGCGGGAAGAAGCUUAUGAAUUGAGAUCGAUCUAAUCUACCAAACAUAUAGCAAUUACUUCCAAAUGUGACGUAUUCCCUUGAAUUUUCGAGCCAAAUAAUAAAUCACUUGUGUGUGGCCAACUGCAUUUGUCGGCUGGCAGUGCUCUAUUCACCAUUUUAUCCUUGCGGUGGUAAGUUAGAUUUGCAACACGACAUUUUUCGCACACCCCGUUAGAUAAUUAUCCCGUUAUCGCAUCCCCAUGAACUUGUGUCGUGAAACUUUAAUCCAUCGCCUUCCCUCCUAGAAGAACUCCCCUCGGGUAUCAAAAUCACACUCGAGGAUUCUGAGCAGGCUGGAAUGUCGUUUGCUACCACAUAAGAAACUAUUGUCAUUUGUAGUAUUUGUCACAGGAAGGCAAUACAAUAAGAACGCAUCCAUACCUCUUAAUGCCCUUUAAUUCGAAGUCUGAACACAUUUAUAUUGCAAAGACCAAAAUUUAGUACAUGUGGAGCACUUAUUCAUUUUGAGUUUUAUAAAUAUCGUUAACGAAUCAGCGAUGAUUACAGCAUGGUAGGGGUCAUUUCCGUUUCGCUUUGGCGGUGCGGUUUUAGGUCUCUUCAGGCGUCCGGCCGCAGCCCGGGUAUGGGGGAAGGAUGUCAACAAAUUCGCCAGACGUUGGCGCUCACUAUCGACUAUCUAAGGGAUGUCUAGACUUAGAAUUCGCAGUCAAAGAGUGAAUAUUUUCCCUCCGCCCUAUGACGGAAUGGCUGGGAAUACCACGCACAUGUGGUCAAAGGUUAAGUUCAUGGUCGGGGUCACUUACUCCAGGGGGCAUUUGUGUUGAGUAAAAGGGCUGGAAACCUCAGAACUUUGUAGUAUCAUAGAUUUUGAUCCUCCAUAUUGCCACGAGUGAAAAGGGGACUCUGUUUUCACCAUCUGACGAUAAUAAUAAAGGAAUUUCUUGGUCGCUUGCAAAGAUUGUCAAAAAGGUAUUGCAUUGUCCGAUUUUCACUUUUAUGACGGCCUUAAAGCAUCCUGACACCCACAGGCAGCACCCAUCGGGGUGUCAUUUUAUUUCUUUCUUUGGCGCGUACAAAUCAAUAUUGGCAGUUAUCCCCUUGUGACACAACUGUUCCCUCAGUGUAGGUAACCCAUUAACCGCACCCUUUCCAAGAUGUGAACUGGGAUAUUCUCAGUCACAACAGACAGAAUAUGCGCAUGUAAACGAAGUGGUGUUGCCCUUGGUUUACUGACACAGAUUAGGACACCAGGAGGAGCGCGUUAGUUGAUGAAGACAAUAAGCUAGGAAUAGCCAUUGCUAUCUUCCUCGUUGUCGUCAAUAGUACUUGGCGGUCGCAUCCACUCUUUAUCUGUAAUGAUUGAUGUAUGCCUCCCGGUUCUUAGUAAUUAUGCUAUAUGAAAAACAACAAAAAGAUGCCCGCAGUCGAAUCGAUACGGUCACAUUCGCGCAAAAAUUUUGCAAGAACGAUGGCGAAGAACAGAAAUGGCGGUGGCGUUACGUUUCUUUUGCUUUGAAACACAUUACAUUUUGUUUAAUUUAGGAGGCAUAAGUUGUUUUACCCAUAAAAUUUUGCACUCUUGAAAAAUUGUUACACCGUUGUUCCUGCCACAUUUUGUGUUAAAGGCACUCUGGAGUUAUUCGAACUACCAGGCCCCUGGACCGUGAACAAGUGGCGGAGCUGCAGAUAAAGGUUGCCGCUACAAGUGGUGGAGGGCAGAACAUUUUUGGUCGAAGCACAAAGCAGUCUUCAAAAGCUUUUUCCUCAACAGCCAUAGUUACGGUGAAGGUGCUGGAUAAGAAUGACAACGCACCAUACAUGGUCUCCACUAAAUCUAAUCCAGAUCCCGUCCAAUGGAGAUUCGAGAAGAAGGUUCUUCUCGCAGAAUUCGCCGUCACGCCUGACGAACUAAACUCCAAAGGAGCCUGCGUAAACUUUCCCUUUGCGUUUUUUGAUGAUGACGACUCUACUGCCAAUGGCAACGUAACAGUCAGUCUUGAUGAAAACUCACAUUUUACUCUUAACGAAGAGGCCAAUCGUAUUUGCGUCAAGUCAGUCAAACAACCACCACCAGGACGCUACUCCCUAAACAUACUGGCCCACGACAAUCCAACGGAUCCCGUUCACCGGCUCACAAAACGUUUUCCUCUAAGGAUACUAGUACAAAGUCCAAAGGCAGAAAUCAUGAGCGUGGAUAAAGGGACUGGAAAGGAGCAUACAAAUGGGAUGUCACCGGGGCCGCAGUAUAAAGUUGGACUAGUCAAUCAGUAUGACACGGAGAGUGCUGCCAAUCGAUUAUCGGAGGCCAAACCAAGAACUCACGACCCCUCACCCGGUGCACGGAAGCGCCUUCCACCAAUCAGCAAUGGAAAGGGAGAGUAUCGUAAUAUCACCAUUAUCGCUGUGCUGGUUUGCAUGGCUUGUGUGCUCUGCAUAAUUCUCCUAACUGUUUUGCUCUUCCUAAGAAAGUGUACUCCGUCAACAAGGACACUUUCAAAAAGUGAGUAUUAUUUCUUUCAUGACAGCAGAUAUAAGUUUCGUAACCUAGAAAUCUAUUGUUAAAGCCAUCGGCAUCAUUCAAUUUUUCAGUAACCUUUAAUGACAACGAUUACAAAUUUUGACUUCGCCAGCUGACCUUUCGACCGAAAUACACCUGAGCCCAGUAAAUGGGGCGAAGACGAACCCAGUGUCUUUACAGCUCUACACCCUCCUCAGAAGUUAAUUGCAAACUUUUAGCAGGUCAGACAGACAAAGACAAACAGACAGCUAAUGCGUGAGAGGGGUGGGCACCGAGUUAUGGUAGGCUGAGGGGCAGGGGAGGAAAGGAAGAACCGUAAAGGCUCCCUAUGCUGGCCGUGGAAAAAACGCGGGAGGACUGCGGAUCAGUGGGAAUGAGGGCGGCUGGUCACUGAUGAGGGAUGAGGUCAGUGGGCAAUGCACCUGCGUUGGAGGUUUUAGGGGUUUCGGUUGUUGUUCACCGUGUAGCAAGAGGGUGGGGAGCGCAAUGGCGAAACAGCAUACGUUUAUGUGGCCGAGUGUGGGUUAGCAGUUGUUAGGGUGUGAGAACAAGACAGUGAGCGUGGUUAUACAGACAGUUAAAUCACCUCAAACAUGGAUCGCAAUACAGCAUCAAAAAUUCUCAGGCUUUCUUAAAAAGAUCCCAGGGCUUGAAGUAAGUCCUGACGAAUGCAUCCUAUCGUUCGAAAUUGCCCUAUUUUCUUUAAUAUCGCAUGACCUAGCACUCCAUAGCGUAGCCCGAUGUCUAGAGCAGACUCCCAUUCGCAUUCCAACACGGCAUGUUUUACACAUACUUAAGCUUUGCCUCAAGAUAUAUUGUCAGUCCGAUGAUAAGUACUGUCAACAUGUAAAAGGCAUCCCACUUGACUCGCCAAUACCGGGUCUGCUUGCAGAACUAGUCUUACAACGACUAGAACAGGAUGUUGUACAAAAUAUCGAAUCCAAAAUGUAGCUCCGCCUCGUGAACGACACAUUUUUCAUCAUAAAACCAGCGAAGUUGAGCGAUUACGUCAGUACUUAAAUAGCGUCUCUCCAGCUGUACAGUUUAUUCGCGAAGAAUUAACAGGAGAUACCCGUCCGUUCUUAGAUGUGAGUAAACAUAGACUGAAUGACGGCAGACUACGAACAAGCGUCCACAGUAACACUCUAGUGCCGAAAUCAUACUCAACUAUGGGAACAAUUAUCCUGCGGUCCAUAAACGAAGCUGUGUCCGCACUCUUUUCAAUCGGGCCUAUCGCAUCUGAAAGAGUCAUGACUUACUGAAGAAGGAAUUGGCCUACUUCCAUCGGUUAUUCCGGUCAAACGGAUAUCCUACCAGUUUUGUAAAAAAAACUUUCUCAGACGCCAGAGCCAACCACCGAGCCCCGAGUCUAAUGGAGAUAUAGUGUCACAGAAAUUCUAUUCACUGCCGUACAUUCAGGAAAUUUCUGAAACACUCCCGACAAUAAAAGCGCUUUGCAACUCCAUCACCCAUAAGCUUGCUUCUUCCCUAUGGGAGGUAUUAUGCCGAGUAAAGGAUCUGGUGCCCAAAAAACAACUAACUAACGUCAUCUACCGCAUACCGUGCGUCAACUGCCCUUGUGUUUAUAUUGGCCAUACAGGCCGAUGUCUUGGGACUCGCAUUAACGAACACAUGCUAGCGCUCCGCCAACGUGACCCUCUGUCUCUCGUGUUUGCUCCCGCCCUUGAGCAUGACCACCGCUUCAACUGGGACGGUACUGUAAUGAUUGCAAAGGCUAAUACCAGACAGGCGUGAAAAUCCCUCGAAGCUUGGCAUUCUGGCACGACCAGCACCAAACGCCACGUCGAUCUAGACGCUCAGUACGAGGGCUUACGUACACGCUUAUUGUCUUGUUAUCGCACCCUACCAACUGUUAACCUCCACUCGGCCACAUAAACGUAUGCUGUUUCGCCAUUGCGCUCCCCACCCUCUUGCUACACGGUGAAUAACAACCGAAACCCCUAAAACCUCCAACGCAGGUGCAUUGCCCACUGACCUCAUCCCUCAUCAGUGACCAGCCGCCCUCAUUCCCACUGAUCCGCAGUCCUCCCGCGUUUUUUCCACGGCCAGCAUAGGGAGCCUUUACGGUUCUUCCUUUCCUCCCCUGCCCCUCAGCCUACCAUAACUCGGUGCCCACCCCUCUCACGCAUCAGCUGUCUGUUUGUCUUUGUCUGUCCUGUCGCGUCAGCCGACCUAGUCUGCCUAUUUCACUUUACCCUCUCUUUAUUUCGUCUGACGACGGGUCGGUCUCACCGACUUGAAAAUUUACGGGUACAAAUCGAUUUUUUAAAGAGCGUUCUCUUUUUUAUUAUAUCACCUUAGAAUGCACACCACAUCACUUAUUCAGUAAUAUACCUAUGCUGUUUGAUUUACCGUCCUAACAAUACAAAUACUAGCUUAAAGCCCAACAACGUGUUUCCUCAAUGUUCUGACGCUGUAUGACACAGACUCUGGGGCUUCGGCUUAUCAGCCUAUCCCCAGUACUUCCCGCGCGUUUUCCGGUAGAUACUCCAGCUUGGCAUUGUGGCUUUUUAUCCCCCUCAGAAAUUAGUUGCUAGUUUAAUAUACACCCGUCGGAAUGAAAGCUCAGAGUGAAAGCCGAUGUGAAUAUUUGUCUCAAAAUCCAUUAUAUCCAGCCUGAUAAGCGCAUAAUGCCCAUAAACUCCCAGUGAUUUAUCCGUCCAGGGCUGGCGGAUUUAGGCGAAAAUACUCAUAUCAACUUUCAGACUGAGUUUUCAAUCCGACUGAUCUACUAUGAAUUUGCUAUUAAUUUCUGAGUAAGUCGAAAAGCUGAAAUUUCAAACUGCGAUAUCUAUCUGGAAGCACACAGGAAAGGCUGAGGACCCCUGAUGAGUCGAAUAUCGCGUAGCUGUGUCAUACAACGGCAGAAUAUCGGCGAAACGCGUAGCUGGGCUUUUAGUUAGCACCUUCGCUGUUGAUUUAACAAAUCGAGCAAGUAGUGCAUUCUACCAGCAUGACCUCAUGAUAGUUUCCUUUAUCUGUUUUACUAUUAUACAGAAGAUUCGAAUAAGGCUAUGUUAAAAUAUGUCGUUUAAGUAAAGCAGACCGUUACAUUAAAGACUGCAAUUGUCAUUAAGAAGAGUUUGUGUAAAUUGAUACUUACAGGAUUUCCGUGUGGCAAGCUCUGGUUAUUUUCUCGUUGGGAGUUAACUCGUGUAGCUGCUCCCUCUGUCUGUUUUUCAGUGCUUUCGUAACCAAAUGUUUCGUAAACUGAAAAUUGGGCUUAUUGUGCAAACAAAUGGUUUUCUAAUGUCCUUCUUCUACGCCAUUAGACAAGACAUCCGUUAGGGCGCAAUACAGAGAUACCAUACUUGUCGCACAUAUCAAAAAACAGAACAAAUUUUUUGAAAUAGUUCUCCGAGAAAACACAUUAUUGGGGAUGGAAGCUGACGACACUCAAUAUCGCACGUAAAUGUCCGUCUGACUAAAUAAACAGGUGGAUGUCGUAGUCUCAUUCAAUCUUACAGCAAGUAGACAAAUUCGAAUGGGGUAGCAGGUUAGCUUAGUUGUUGACAACAUAUGCCAAAUAUUAGUGUGAACGGGAUGUCCUAAGAUGCGGUUCAAGUUCCCUCCCAUCAACCGUCUUAAUAGGACGCACGUAAGGAACCGGUGAACUGUGCAUGCGGACCUUCUCAUUAAGCGUUUAGAUCUGUAUGGUAGCAUAAAUUUUUGUAAUUAUUUACCGUACUGGUUAAACAGACUGCCUCUUGGCAGUUUCUGUAUAUACCGCGAUUAUUUUGCGGUAGCUGAUGGAUUUCAGCCCAAAUACUCAUAUCACAUUUCCGACAGCGCCCGAAAAGGUCUUUUCAGAAGGAUUUACUCCAAAUUCGUGCAUCAAUGUCUACGGAAAUUAAACAAGGCAUGGUGGUUUGCAUUGUUUGUUUUGUAGUACUAGGCCAGAAAAAACUACCGUGCCUGUUUUGUUUUGACAAUGACGAUUAAUUUAAUAACGGCGGAAUUAGGAUGGUAGCUAACUUUUAGGGUGAUCACAAAGAAGAGAGAGGAAAUCAUGCAUCUGAAUGGCUAGCUCUUGUUUCUCAGUGCAGGUCUCACGGUCGUCGAUCUCUAUGGUCACCGUAAGUGCAGGAGUAUUUGGCACAUAGGAUACGAUAACCAAAGUUAAUUUAUGCGCAGCAGGAAGCUCAAAUUUCGCAGCACCGUUACUUAGCUGUAAAUAAAUCCCUAUUGUUGGCUCUGGUGUCUGCAACAGUUUGAACAAUGCUUAUGGAGUAUCCAUCGAAACGAAAUAACUGAUGUAGGAUAAUAAUUUCGUAAGUAGCUAAUCGUUGCUACAGUAGUGAAUGGUUAAAUAAGAUAGACUUCAAAGUAAUCUUUUUUUUAUAAGCAGUAGGAUAAGUACUUUCAUUUUUUAUGGUGGUCUCCGCACCAGAGUUUUAUUGUUAGGAAAUUUUAAAGAGACAACCAUCAAGAAUCUUCCGUAUGUCUCCUGCUGUCAAUUUCUGAGCAAGCAUUAGAGUUGGGGAGACAUCUUACGAGUUUAAAUGUUGUUAUUAAAUUUUGCAGCUUCUUGAAGUGAAGAAAACAUCGUCUAGGUAGAGGAGCUACAUUUUCGAACUGGGUGGCUUUAACCUAGUAAGAAUACCUUUGAUUGAACUGACAGUGGUCUUCAUGGAAAUCGACAAAAAUCUAGAAUAUCGACCAUGGCCAUGAUAGGUUCCAAGCAAACUUUUUUGACCUUAGAAACCGAUUUGUUUCAUCGCUAACUGCAAUCGCAUUCACGGACAUACUGAAGCGUCUUGCACUGAAAAUACGAACUAAUUAUGCAUUUAUCGUCUGCAAGGUUCACUAAUACAGUUUCAUGUAUUUCAUGAAAAUAGUGGAAUUACUUAAGCCUCAUUCAUAAUCCAACCGAUGAAAGAAGAUUAGAAAUUGAGUUAACGUAAGCUUUUAAAAGACGUUUUCGAAAUAUCGGUAGGCGUAAAAUGCAGUGUUCGUGUUUCACUUGUCCCUCUUCCUCUAUUGAGCAAAUGCACUUAUGUAUGCAAGUGAUUCACGUAAGCUCCCGAUCUGAACACUGUUCAGAGAUCCUGGGGUCCAAUCUCACGUGACUCAAAUCUGCAGUUGGGCAUGAUUAGUUAAUGGCGGCUAAUAUUCCAAAAUGGUCAUCCCAGUCUCCCUUGUAUUUAUGGUUCCCCGUCCAUGCGUAUAUAGAGUAGAUAGGCUAACUCAUUAAAUGUCAACCGAAAUUCCGAAAUGCGUUUUCGUUUCGAAAAGAUCAAUUAAAUAGACUUGCAAAUCUAAUCAUCAUGCAGAAUAAUUCUAUAAUAAUUCGGUUACUUCAGGAUGCCAGCUUUUGAACGAGCUUCUUUCCGGCUGCAUGCAAAAGCCGUACUCUGUGAGAAGUGACAAAUUAACUAGCGUGCUUUUAUCAAAGAUUUUCGAUGCUCUUAAAAUAUUUAUGUGCAUUGUUUCUAUGAAAUACAGUUGAAUUUUAUAGGGCAUCGAAAUUGAAGGAUAAAAAGCAUGAUAUAUAUGUCGUCGUUUUUACAGAGUGUGGUUUUUGCAUGCAGCCGGAGAGAAGUUCGUUCGGAUGCCAGCACCCUGAGAUAACUGAAUUAUUAUAGAAUUAUGCUGCACGAUUAUUAGUUUUACAACACUGUCUAAUUAAUUAUUUCGAAACGAAAACGCAUCUCGGAAUUUCGGUUGACCUUUCAUGAGUUAAUCCACCUACUGUAUGUAAAAUGCGCGAUCUCCAUGGGGAGCUCUGUUUAAGCAAAGCCUGGUGCAUUAUGGGGGACCAGAUCGUGUGUGACGCAAACAGACUGGCCAUUGUGUCUCUCUCAGUCAUUUCGCCCAAUCCGAGCGCAGAUGACCAGCUCAGGGAAUGGAAUGCUAUAUUACCGUUGUAAAGGAUGUGCGGUCGACUAUGGGGAGCUCGUCCAGGCGACAUUUCAACAAAUUCUUCACAGCAAUAAAUCUGACGGGCUUUAAAACUGUCAGCAAGUGACAAAAGUCGUAAGGACUUCCGUGUGUGUAUGAGGGAGAUUGACUCGAGGACUAAAAGUGCUGCCCAAUGGCCCUCUCCUAAUGGAACAUCUAUGACACUGCCACUGAGACUGAAUCCGUGCACCCCCUUCGUCUAGUGCAAACCUGGCCCUUGUGCGCCCACCAGGUAGACUACGCGGGCUGUUCGGUUUUGUCGGCCACUGCCCCCGAGCCCGCUUUCGGCUGUGUUGGUUCUGCAAUAGGCAGAUACAACUUAAUUUUGCUUAAUAAGCUAAUUAAUGAGCAAAUACCCGUUCGUCUCGACACAUCUUGGGGCACACGGUGGAUAUUGUCAUUCGCGACUGUUGAAAUGACAUACAAUGAGGUUCUUGAUUCGUGAAACGUGAUGAAGAGUGUUUAAAUGGUCCACUUUAGGCAUAUUAAAUGCAUUACCUUUGGUUUGUUUGUUUAUCAGGUUCCAGAAAAUAUCCUUCUUGUAUGCAGAAUAUGUUUAUAAAUAAGAACCAUAGAGCAAAAACUUUAUAAAUGUAAACGGAAACCUAUGUUACCUUGCAUGUUAAUAUCUGAUACUAGCUAUUUUUGCGUAUCCACGCGUUUUUAUUAAAGAAGAGUAGUAUUACCUCGAGAACUGUACCGAAAAUAUUCACUGCACUGGAAAAAAAUUCUUGUAUACUCCCGAAAAUCAGAUUAAGAGAGAUCUGAACAAACAUGUUAUUCAUAGAAAAUGAGAUGUUUUAUCAGACCUAAAAAGUAGAGUUUUUAGAUCAGUGCGACUUGAGGCCGUAAAAUGCAGCAAUGACGCCAACGAGCAAUCCCGUGUUCAAACGUGCCGAUGUUUUUCUGUCAUUUGUGAACACUUCAUAAGCGGCUGCGAAAACGCCCAUCCAAAAGCAAGUAUAAAAUCUUUUGUGCAUACUGUAAGAUACUUUGUAUGAUCUAGUUUCUGCUAAUAGGCAAUUUUAAAGCGAGACUAGCAGAGGACUAGCAGUGUGGGUAAAACCUGAUACGUGUAUGGCCGAUUUGUUAGGUGUUUAAAACUAAGCAAAUUCAACGGAAAUGCCCUCAAUAUAAAGACUAAAGGGAGCCAUCUCGUUUGCAAAAGAAGUAUCACUAUUAUUUAUGUAUGUGAAAAAGCCCAACUACCGUUAUAAUUGUUGCCUCCACUUCACUCUUGAUAAAGUUAAAGUACAUAGGCUUCCGUCGGCAGAAUACCUAAGUAAAGCGCCCUCCUAAAGAGAUACUGUGAAAUAUUAAUUUCUUUUAAAUGUUCAAAAGUAUAUUUAUGGCCUAGUGACGUUGUGGAUUUCCAUUUUCCGACGAUGACGUUUCAUACUUUGAUGGCUUUACAAACACCUCCAAACGGUCACUUGGCAUUAGAAUCAAUCCCCGAAGACUCACUUAUUCGGUAACUGAUUUCGAAAAUACCCUACUGUUAAGGUUUUGAUAAACAAAGCACCAAACCUAUCUUAGUUGGCAGUCAGUAUGAAACAAUGAAAGCAGCAUAGUUUUCUCCGAAAAUUCAAGGGCACCCUGAAGUUCAAAGAGUUUGUCGUGACCACAAACAUUACACGAAUCUAACGGAAAGCUCUUCUGAUACACAGAAACGGUAUUUUAAGAUAAGAGUUGCGAAUUCUAUUUGAAUUUAUUAGUCAAUGUCUGGCCUGCCAACUUGUGACCUUAAGGAAUCCUUUAGUCACCUGACGCCCCUGUCGGCGAAAUCAAGCAAAUUCUGCUUUACCUUAAUCAAUCCCUUCUCAAUGCAAACACAGAGAAAAAUAUAGCUGGCCCUUAGGAAACCGCUUUUGGAAUCUAGACUGUUGGCUGCCCGUUUUUCCUGAGGGUAAACUAAGUUUCGAAAGAUAUCAAAGCGCAAACUUCUCUAAAGGACUAUUUUCAAACGUGUUUUAUUUGUGCCGUUUUAGUUGCUCUGUUUUGCAUGAAUAGACUUUGCAUGCUCAAAAAACUGUUUUUUACUCAUCUCACACGACUUUUUGGCGUUUUUAUCAUUUCGGAUUUGCGUAGAGAAUCCGCUACUUCUAAGCAUCAGAAAACUUCUACUUCUCCUUUUUUGUUAUCAUUUAACUCCAUGUCAACCCCUGUUAACCGGGCAUGUUGGUCGAUAUACUUGAGUCGACUUCCGAGUUAUAAGAGAAGUUUCAUCAACUUAGAGGUAUUUCGGGUGACGGCAAAUUUAGGGUGGAGCAGUAGGUUUCUCUAUUCAAAGUCUGCCAGUUGGCCAUAAAACUGCCUGAAUCCUGGAAACGUCGAACAGGAGAAAUUACAAAAGGUUCCGAUUUAUGUGAACAUCACAGGAGUGCAGUAGCAACCGCUAUCGUGUACGAAUGUCUCCGUCCUACUUCUCGCCUCAUUUAUACAUCUAUUCGUUCGAGUUCCCUAUAAGGGCUUUUUGUCACUGAUGGUUACUUUUCUUGUUUUUUGCACCCAGUGUUCGGUCGUCCACAAAUUCUGACCUUUUUAUUUAACCGUCGGCAAAAUCUCCGGCAAAAACUAGCCAAAUACCCAUUUAUUUGUCCAAACGAAUAUAGGAAUAUAGCCUAACUGACCGUAAGAAACAGACCUUUUUGCGAAAUCAAAUGAAACAGUUCAAUGCCUUAAGGAUCCCACUUGUCACAUUAUUUAUAUCUUACAUCUAUUUUCUGCGAGCAUUGUCUUUGAAUUGCCGUAUGCCAGUAUCACUCUGUACUAGACACAGAUUCUAUAAAUUGCGAUAGAAUAAAUAAGCUUCAAAUGACCCUGCGUCGGAAAGACAGUUAAUAUCAUACAGAAUCAACGCAUAUGGGAACCGAUGUCUUGUAUCAGUUUGUUAGCACGCAGUCCCAGGAAUUUCAAUAAAAUCGCCCUCGGCUCGCUCAACUGCAAAAAAUUGCAAAGUUAACUUUCGUGUACACUACUGAAUAUCAGUAUACCAACCGGUCCUAGGAGACUUAAUUCAUGAAAUGCAGGGAUCUAAGAAUAAAUGACCAUUCUGCUGACACUGAAACAUUGUCUGCUUUACUUACUAGCCUAUCAUGUUACGACACAGUCUUUCGCCCAUGGUAGCUGCCUGUGAAAUUAUUUCAUUAGCAAAAGUCGCCCUUUCUAGAUAUCGUUCGCUAGGUUAAUAAAUGCCUUCUAGCACACGUACAUGUUUACACGCGCUUUUCAAAGUUAUUGCAUUGACACAAAUAAGCAAGAACCAUCAAAAUUAUUGCAGUUAGCUUGAAACAUUUUCAAGUAAAUCAGGUGAAGCAAUGUGUCAGCACACAUUCUGUCUUCAGGAAAGUAAGUGUUUCGUCUCCUUAUACAUUUUACCUUGAAACCUGGGUAAUUUUAGACCUUAAAAGGAAAAUAAACACAAGUAGACAGUUUUUCUACAAGCAACCAUGAAAGGCUCACCAUUAGGUGGCUACUUUAACUUUGGGGUGUGCCAAGAUGUAUUUUUUGCAGCACUAAUGCGUACUGCUGAUGCGAAACUUCCACAACCUACCCAUUUGAGAAUAUUUUAGUACUCAUACGUUAAUUAUGAAGGCGAAAUAGACAAACUGACAAAUAUAACAUUUAUAAAACGGUAAAAUACCAUUGUUUCAUAUACGACUAAACAAGGGCUCAACAUUUUCAAGGAAAGAACAUUAGCAGUCAAAACGUCUCGCGUUUUUAUCGAAUUUUCUUUGAAAAAUGAUAAGCAGCAUAAAUGACCGUGAGAGAAAGAACCAACCGAAACAGUUUAUGAAGGUAACUCAUUAAGAAAACGGCCGUUAACUAAGACAAGUAUAAGUCGCAACCCUAUACUGUGAAGCUGCGUUUUCUGUAGCAGUUCGGUUUUAAGUUCCAGUGGGCCCAGAAACGCAGCCAAAAUUGUUAUUUGAAUAGGUAAAACUUCCAAUGGUCCUUUAUUGUGAAGACUUUCAUAGGCGUUGAUGACACUAAUAACUUCGGUCGUCGACUGAGAACAUUAAAAACCGAAUAAUUUUUUGAUAUUUCAGGAACAUUAAAAAACCCAGUAGGCUUUGCCGUUGCGAGUAGUUAUGAGGAAGAAGCAUUUCUUUGAAACCCAAAGUAAUAUGCACUCGCUUUUAUUCUUUAAUUUUAUUCCAGGUUGUUAGUUAUUGGUCAACUCUCCACAUUCAAUCUUUUAAAAAUGUAAUGUGGCGUAUUCAUUGUUACAAUCAGAAAUGUCGUCUUGGUCCUUGUCAAACGGAUUUCAAGCAAUGAGUAAAUGGAAAGUUAUAACGCAUUCUUAUAAUAUCAUUCUCAAGCAUAUGGCCAGGCUUCAAACAGAUGUGUAGCUGCAAUGAAAAACACCGUUUUUGUAUUAGGAUAGUUAAUCACGGGUUUAUUUAAGAGCCUUUUUAGACCAUGUUCUGCUAAUCUGCUUUAGGUAGUCAGUAGUCUACACGGAUAGGCCUUAUGAACUUCUACGAAUUAUGCAACUUAUUUGACGUGAAUAUUCAGUCUUUCGUAAGAAAGCUGUCAAUUCUAAGCAACGUGAUAUGAGGCAUAAUACGUUUUAUGUUUUCCUCUAAGCCAAGACUUUUGUUAUUAGUUGCGAGUUUUCGUCAAUAAUUUGAGCGGAGUUCCAACUAGUUUAAGUGGGUUUUGCAAAUUUGCGCAUCUUUAAUGAUUUUCGUCAACUGUUAUACGUUAUUGUCUCUAGUUAAGCUGGUCUUUCGCUUAAACGUAUUUAAGAAUGUGAUAAAUUUAUCACUGCCUAUAUUGUGGCUGACCAAAAUAAGGCUCAAAUAUGUGCUUCAAUAAAAUCUGUCAUCCCAUCAAAAUGCUUUCUCCGCCAGGGCUUAAUUUGCAUUUAUAAAGCAGGCAAAAUAUCAGUCGAUCCGGUGUCCAAAUGUGAGGUCUUCAAGCUUCUUUACCUCCCUCUACGUUCGUCCUUUGGUGAAAACUUAAGUGCCCAUUUUACGGGAUAGCGAACCUAUCGGUCAUUUAUAAUUGACCAGUUGUAGCAAGUGGGUACUUAGCUUCAUUCACUUUGCAAAAAUUAAUGUUGAUGAAAAGAUCAAACGUUCUCAACCAAAUGCUUCCUUUCCCCGACGUUUUCGAGCUUUAAAUCUGGGCGGGACAUUGCAUGCAGUGUUUUCCUCUGACCACUCCCUAAAUAACUUUUGCACCGGACUCCGGUUGUCAUUUUCUCUCCUUCCUGUUCCCUCGCAUUUCUUCAUGGCCAUCAGGACUGGGAAGUCACAGUGUCCUCCAUUAGUCUUAUUUACUGACGUCCGUCCCAAAUGUUCAGUAGGUGCUUCUUAUAUUAAAAUCGUGAGUUGUUAAAUGUAGUAGAAAAACUUUGAUCGAGACCUUUUCCUGUUCUCUCUAACCUUGAUUUUGCGUAUGUGCAAGCAUAUUUGCAUUAGCUGAUUUACUUAUUUAUCAGAAAAAGACUAAUAUGCGCACACACGCAAGCUUUUGGGCUUGCGCAUAUGCGCUUUUAGAUAGAAAGCUUGCCAGAAUUGUCUAGACGUUCGCCACUUGCGAAAAUUCGUCAAAGGCGGUGCCUAUGCACGUUUAAAAUGGUCCUGUGAGUGAAAGGUUUCAGUAAAUAGCUGUACUUAUUAUUUUCUCUCGCUAAUUGCGGUCUGUUCGGCUCCUAUCGCACUUUCGAAACGCCUAGGGGCUUGCCUCAGGGUUUUUGGACAUGGCAUUUUGUGUGCCUUUACGGGCGCAUCUGCGAACGCCGUCUCUCUCGCGAGUAGUGGUCAGCAGAAGCUCAGUUGUCGUUUCACACCCAGACUUCCAUUCCAGCAUGUAAAGUAAGGAAAACGGUCACAAUCAGCUUUACCUCUCGCAAUGUUACCUAGGGCAUCGCAUCUCAGAUAAAAUGAGUGUCGGCUCAGACAUGCAUAGUUUACCAUGAACACGUAAGUACAAUUCGGUAUAGGAAAAAAUCAAAUUUUGCUGUUUGCCGUUUCUUAAGCCCUGAAAACUCACCCCAUUUUUACCUGCCCAAUAACACUUUGGACAGCACAAAAGGUUGUGCUGUAACGGCGAAAAUAUCGCACAAACUCUUAAAAAUGUUCCUGAUGACAGUUCUGAGGGACGAAAAAUAUACGAUCAUUAAUACAAUAUGCAUCUCCAGUAUUUUUGUCAAGCUAAGUUUUUAUUGAUGGCUGCUUUCAGAGGUUCUGACUAAGUAUACGUAAACCUAAUCCGAAAGAUAAACACAUGAUAAAUAAAAAUUACACAGAGGACCUGCCCCUAUUAGUUUGUUUGAAAUAAGUCAAAAUAACAUUACCGAAAAAGACGAAGGAGACCGGAAUGGCCAUUCCUGGCUUAUUAGCGGUCGUCAGUCAGUCACGACAAACCGCGAAACUUGGAAUGCCUGGGACUUGAUCCCGCGACUUGUUGGUCUGAAGUCUAACGCCUCUAACCACUGAACCUCAGGUUCGUCGCCCUGUCGGUUGCAGUCACGAAUAUACAAUGAUAGACGGACGCUCAUUCCGCUGCAGUCUUCCUUGUUUUUGUCGUUUUUGUUAUUUUGCCCAAAUUACGCGCCGCCGUGUGGCUGCUGGUCGGGCUCGAGUGAGAGCCCAAAGGUCCAACGGGACGCGUGAGUUCCGUAAGAACAAUAGGUGAACGUAUCUCUACCACAGACCAAGUUAAGACAAACCUUUCGAUGGAAAAAAAGAAGAAAUAGAAAUCAUUUUUACCACUCUUGAGUGAAAUAUACGUGGUUGCUUCUGUUCCUUUCUAUUAAACGUUUAUUUGCUGGUUCUGUAUGCCAUGCAUUUAUUAAUUCCUGAAAAUAUUGAAUCUCCUAUGCCAACUAAUGCGAACAAAAUCAGUAAUAAAAGUUUCCUAAUUGAUAUCCCGAUUAAACGGUCUUCUGGAAGCAAAUAUUUCCGCACAUAUCGGGCAUUCUGGGGCUUCUGUCGUUUGUCUGGUCUUGGAAUCACAUUCAGUCUAAAUAGGACAUGCCUGUUUUAUGAUGCCAGUGGGAAGGAAUCUUGCUGCGCACGCUUUAAUGGACGUAAAAUCCAAAAACUCUUCGUGCAAAGGCUGAAAACAAAAUUUGUCUUUAAAAUAUACCGCUAAUCUAAUCCGCUCUUCGAAGAGGUUGACCCUCUGCACUUUUCAUCGUCCAGCCCAUCGUGUUUAUCGUUUCCUAGGUUAACGCUAAUUGCCAGCCCAACAUUGAAACAGGGGACGACCUAAAAUAGUCACCACCAGAAUUUCGUAUGAACGCACACAUUUGCUUUUCAUCCAAAUCCUAAGCACUUUGGGAGGAACGAGAGCAAACGUGAUUUAUGUAGGAAUCUUCAUUGUCAAAUUAAUCGAAAUCCAUGCGACUACAUUUUCUUGCAUACCACAUUAAAACGCCUGAUUUUACAGUUAGACUAUUAGCAUGGUAAAUGCCCCAAAUGUUGUUUGAACUGUUAGUAGCGGCUUUUCAAAAUUUUUAUGCACAAAAUAGUUUAGUUCUGGGUUGACAACUGGUAAAGGAUUUUCUUCGACCGUGCAAAACGUUAGGUGGACAUCUCAAAACCCAAGUAAACUCUAAUGGCUGAAUUAGCAACUUCCUGACUGCCAACUUAUUAAAUUGGUUUGACAAGUAAUUACAAACAUUUCCGAAAGUGUUAAAAGUCAAACAUAAGCAAAUUUGUUGGUGCAUUUACAUAGGUAGUACCGAUAAAAUUAGGCAAAAGCUUUUGUAUGACAUCGAGUGCUGUAGACGAGGUUGGCUUACCUAAUGACUUUCGUGGAGCAAAAACAAUCGUGCGUGUGAUUUACUGUAUUUUCUUUUUAACGUUUUUUAAGCUGGUAACUUUUGUAUAAAUUUGCGACCACUGUCGAUCUCCAAAUCUGACUUCAUGAGUUGCAGUUGUUCAUUACUAAAAUGCAACUACAGUUCGUUGAUGUUAUGGAUCUUUUGUGGAUUUCGUCCUUAGCUGCCACAUAUUAUUACUGUUCUUUCCUGGUCUCCACAUUAAUUUUUGUCAAGUUUGGAAGAGUUAUUAAUUAACUUAGGUCUUCCACAAAGAAAAACUAUAAAAUACUGUCCCGUCUGUGGGCCUUUAAGUUAACAAACUAACACGUAUACUCUAGUUAUUCCGUUUAAUGUACUUUGUUGUUAUAGAGACGCAUUGUAAAGCUUAACGUCGAUCUGAUGUUUACGUGCACAGCCCUUCCCUCCAAGGUAGUUUAGUAGCUUACAGAAUUGAAGCGGCAUAACAAUCCUACCCACUUCAACCGUUUUAUUUAAAGGUUUUACCCAUCUAACACGCAGAACUCACCUUUGAGUAAUACAAACAAUAUAUUGAAUGUGCAAUUCACGUCUAAGAGAGAUGUUUUGUUUUUGUCAUAUGAUGGAAAAUGAAACAGCUAGAUGUGAAGUUAAAUUUCAGCUCAAAUGCAGGAUUAUGUAGAAACACACUGAUAUUCAUUGAGAUUAUUUUCCAAAGUCGAAUGCACAAGAAAUCACUCCUAUAAAAGACCCUUUUGACCCCUUGCCCAUAUUCCCUGGGCACAUGAUUAAAUUUCUCCCCAAGACAAAUUUCUUACCUGCCGGAAAUAUGACCCCGUGCCUUGAAACCGCAUUAUAACUUUAGCCGUGGGGUAGGCCUGUGCAGUUUGAUGAGGCUUCGUAACAAAUGGGAAACAUAUGGAGUCGGGAAAUUUUUUAACGACAGUGAAGUAACUGAUAUACUUGUUGCUCUGUCUCAGAAUGAAUAAUUGUUGACAAAUCAAGGCGUAAUGUUUUAUAGAUAUAACUAAGUCAGUCUUUUCAUAGUAUUUUUGAAAUAAUUCAUUCCUGAAGGGCUAAAUGUAAAUCCGCAGCAGGAAAUAAAUUAGAUUUGACUUUUGAAAAGUGGCGUGAUACACUCCAAAUGAUUUUAACUUGUGAUAAGAACUAUAUUUUUUAGAGUAGGUGGGUGCCUACGUAGCGCAUAAAAGGUGGAAGUACACUCAAAAGGCUACAUUCACCUGGAAAAAGUCGAGUUGUAGUUGACAGACUGAAGUCACUAGAUUGUGUGGUUUGCUAUGUACAGAAUCUCAUGUUGUCCUCUCAGGCGACAGUGGUUGCUAGCGAAUCAUACCCAUGAGUAAGUGCUACAGUAGUGACAGCUACUUUGAUACUUUCGUGGAGCAAACUCGUGUUCUCCCAUUUUUGGGAGUGUUAUCUUUGCCGAAAGGUGGUACAUUCAAAUGGCGCCCGAGCAGCUACGACUGUCUGUGCGUCUGAGUAGAAGCCGGCUGCGUGACAGCAGAACAAGGCGUCUGCAACUGCUGGCUGCAGAGGCUUACUGACCUUGGAGUAAGGAGCUUUGGAUAAGGACGCCGGACAUCGCAAUAGUGACGGUCGGCAACACCUUCUACACAAUGAUCCAUCAAUCCCAAAAGCACGGAAAUACUUUCUGACUCUUAAAACAAACUAUCAUCGUAGGAAUUUUACAAAUGUUACAUUAGCAUAUUAUCAGAAAGGAGUUACUAUGGUGGUUUGGACUGAUUAAAACAUAACUCGUUCGGCUUAUUCUGCCUUCGUUUAACCUCUACCAACUCAUAACACCACCGCGGAUCAGAAACACAAGCAUCCGCACACAUGUAUUGCAAAUCGUCUACUGAUUACUUUUAUCGAGUGGAUCAUAAACAGUUUGUCCAGUCGAAGGUUUUCCCCGCCCCGCCACCUGACACUUUGUCCUUACAGUUCCUAUGCUGACUGCUUCUUCCUGUAACCCUCUGGUUCAUGUCAGUGACACACAUUUAAUUUAUGCGGAACUGGUACUACAACUAACCGACCAUUCGAAUGGACAUGUCAGUUUCAUGCGAUCCACAGUUCUGACAAAAGGACUCAAAAUCGAUAAACAACAAAGCAAUACAAAUAUCGAGGAAGGUGAACUAGACUGAACUGGCGAUCCGAGGUUAAUUAGCCACUGUCAUCGCGUCUUGGGUGGUCGUCUUCCUGAAUAAACGUGUUGACGCCAACUGAAAAGCCCGAAACUGAGACAUUAUUUUCCUGUCUUUUUCGUUAUAGGGUUUUCCUUUAUCUAAAGCAACGGUCCAUAUCAGUGGCAGGUUGACAAAUUACGUAACUUUUUAGACGUCUAUACCGUCAAUCUUUUAGUUAUAAAUUACUGUCCUGUUAAUCAUAUGAAGGUCAUACUCGAAUGUAUGAGCUUAUAAGUCUGCGAAAAAAUGUUUACUUUUAGGACAUAACGUUAUGCAGAUCUACAAUGGCAACAACAACAACAACAAUAUUGGACCAAAUGUGCACAGCGAGAUGCCAGUAAAUGCCGGCGACUUCAAUCCUCUGUCCCAAAAACGUUCGGCCGACUUUGAUUCAAAUCGUUUUCCAUGUGUAAGUAAACCUAUAUUCAUUGUACCACUGUAGUUAGUUACCGGAACUCAAAAGGAACUUUUCCCGACUACUUGCUUCCGCGGUACCCUUAGAAUACCUUCGAAGGAAAUCGACGCCGUCCUCUUCACGUCAACUAAGCGAUUCUCCUAA